AUAACUUUGCUUCGCGCUAUUUUGUGAAAGGAAAAUAAAUGUCAAUGCCACCAUUUAUCAUCUUUGUUGGGUACAUUGUGAUUUUGUGUGUGGCCUUGCAUUUAGAACUCGGACUUUUUAGUUGAUCUUUCUUUUGAGAUUGAACUCUGAUUUGUUUUGGUAUCUUAUACUGUUAAUGAUUGUAAUAAUUACAAUGCAUUAACAACUGUUGUAAGUGAAUUACAAAGUUAUUUUUCAAAUUACAAUGAACUUAGACAGGGAAGGUAUGUCGAGUAAUUUGGGCAGGGGAGCAAACAUGCCAAGCAUCGGCAAGAUCAAUCAAGGAUCAAAUCAAUAUGGUAAUAACUCUUUGCAAAUCCCUCAGUCCACAUCAUCGCAAGGUCCACCUGCACAGUAUAGCCCUAUAAGCCAAUCACAAGGUGCUAAUAAAAACAACCAAAGUGGUGAUCAAGGAUCACAGCCUCUAACUAGACAGAAGUUGCAAGAGUUAGUCCGAGAAGUUGAUCCAACAGCACAACUAGAUGAGGAUGUUGAGGAAACUUUGCUGACUUUAGCUGAUGACUUUAUGAAAUCUGUAGUAAACUCAUCUUGUGCUCUUGCUAAACACAGACGUGCCCCUAAUGUGGAGUUAAAGGAUGUUCAGCUCCAUUUAGAAAAACAAUGGAAUAUGUGGAUACCUGGAUUCGGUAACAACAAGCCGCAGCCAUACAAAAGAGCAGGGGUCACUGAAGCUCACAAACAGCGAAUGGCUCUUAUCCGGAAGGCAACGAAAAAAUAUUAAAUAACCAUUCUUAAUUUU